UAGACGCUGCAGUGCUGGUGGCCGGGUGGCUGACCAUGGAGUCCUGGGCUUCUUUGUGGAGGGGUGAGAACAGAACUGGCUGUGCUGCCACCGGGGCGCGGCACCUGGAAAGUGCUUUUAAGUUCCUGUCUCUGGGAGUCGUGAAUCUCUCCGGACUGCAGCCUGAGGUCCUGGCGCUUAAGCUCCACGAGCGCCGCCGCAGCGUGUUUGGCUUGAGGUUUCUAAACCUAAAAAGAUCCCUGACUGGAGUAGCCCUUGGGUUGUGCUGCUGCCCCUCCUCCUCACAGGCAGCUGCACGUGGGCUGCUCGGACACAAACUGCAGCUUAGGUACACGUUCCUUGGAUUCUCCUGUAGCCUUUUGGAAAGGGAAGGAGCACUUACUAAAUUCACUGGGAAGUGACAGAGAGCCUUUCCUUGGCCAGGUUGGACAGGUGCUUCUGCCCUCUUCUCAACUAGUUCUCAACCUUGGCCUCUAAAGACUUAGGCACUAAGACGGUUUUGAACAUCAAGUUGGCAUCGCUAGGAUGACUCCAGCUCCACUUAGAAUGCCCUGCCUGACAAAGCUCAAGGUGCCAAGAGAAUUUAGCAUUUGUUCAGCCAACACCAGAAGAGAGUCUCUGCUCCUCAAUGUCUCUAGGAGAGGAGGAGCCUAACUUCCAUAAACUCUGCUUAGUGUCCCCAGGGAGUUCCCAGGCCAGCGAUGGAACCCAUGUCACAGCAGGGACAAUGCUGUGUCCUUAACCUACUGAGCCCCAGAGGAACUCCUGUAGAGAAGUGUUUUCAUAGUCAAUGGACUGACUACCCAGCUGUGGAGUGGGGAACACAGACCUGGUUCCUGUCUUCAAGCAACUUAGAAUCUAAUCUGCAGACAAAACACGGAUUCAUCCAAAAGCAACCCCCGACGAUGUUGUGGAGGCCGGUGGGAGUGAGAAGACCAAGGAGGAGGCCCUGGCUGGGGAAACUGAGGAGGAGAUGGGGCUGGGGACUGUGAAGGCGGAGGAGGAGGAGGAAAAGGAGGAAGCUGCAGCCAUAGACAAGGCGGAGGAGGAGGCGGGCCCGGCCCAUGAAAAUGACAAGGAGGAGUCGCCAGCCAGCGACCGGGCUGAGCAGGAAGACAAGCCUGCCCCCAAGGUGGACGGGACGGACGAUGAAAGCUUGUGGAGCAUUGUGAGUCUGUGUGGCAGCAACCACGAAGAAAGUGAUACAGACUUGGUGGCGGAGAGCACCGACUGCCGCCAGGAUGAGGAGGCUGCAGAAUCUUGCUUUGGGAGGAAAGGAUCUUGCUGCAGGAGUCUGAGGAUAUGUUUGUCCUCUGCGAGCUUGGCUAGAAUAAUUCCCCGGUGGCCACACAACAGGGUGCACCUUGCCACUGAGCCAGACAAAGAUACUGUGGAACCUGACUCAGUACAUUCAGCAACCCCCGACGAUGUUGUGGAGGCCGGUGGGAGUGAGAAGACCAAGGAGGAGGCCCUGGCUGGGGAAACUGAGGAGGAGAUGGGGCUGGGGACUGUGAAGGCGGAGGAGGAGGAGGAAAAGGAGGAAGCUGCAGCCAUAGACAAGGCGGAGGAGGAGGCGGGCCCGGCCCAUGAAAAUGACAAGGAGGAGUCGCCAGCCAGCGACCGGGCUGAGCAGGAAGACAAGCCUGCCCCCAAGGUGGACGGGACGGACGAUGAAAGCUUGUGGAGCAUUGUGAGUCUGUGUGGCAGCAACCACGAAGAAAGUGAUACAGACUUGGUGGGAGAGCACCGACUGCCGCCAGGAUGAGGAGGCUGCAGACUCCACUGGGACACCUUAAAGCCUCAGCCUGGGACUGGAAGAGUCCAAACGUUUCCAUCUUGACCAGGAAACAAGAUCGACCUCACUCUUCAUCUAUUACGAGCCAACUUUAGUAUAAGUUUGGUUCUUUAUUGUCUAGAUUUAGUAUUAAGUUCUGAUACAUGUUUACUACUUGGCAUUUAAGAUUUGGUAGAAUGUAAGAUUUGUGUAUUAAGUAAUCGUUAUCUAUCUAUUUGCUUUUAAACUAGUUUUUGAUAAGAUAAACACAUGUAUAGGAGAGCCCCUUAAGCAGAGGUAGAACUUAAUGUACUGGCGUCAGGCAGUCACCCUGGUGUCCACCACCAGGAUCACCCCCUGUCCUGUCACCCGCAUCAGUCCUGGCUGAAGAAGGGGACUGUGGAUUUAGUCCUGACCAUCUGCCCUCAGGCCAGUUACUUUCCAAGGAUUCUGUGGCCUCACGUCGGUUUGUACCUUUGACCAUGGGACCUCUGUCACACUCCCUCUUUCAGGAUGACGUGGAUGGCCGGGCCUUGCAUGCCCAGACCCUGGCUGCUGGAACAUCCCUAACUCACCCUCUCUCCUCGUGUCUCUAACAUGUUUCUUUACAUCCCGUGCCUCGAGACGGUAUUUUUAAACCAUAUAGAGUGACACCGAAUGGGGCACAGAUAAAACUGUAAAAGCAAUUUUAAUAAAGUACACUUUGAUUGCAAA